UUACAUGCGCAUUGCGCACAAUGGUGGAAGUAGUUCUGAUAUUCUGCGAAUGGGUGUCCCUCCCCCUGGCCAUUUAUAGAUAGCUAGCUUCUAACGUUAUUAGUUAGAUAAAUUACGCACGGUGAGGGUUUUACAAUAAAUACAUGUCGUCGCUUUCUUCUAAUGCCUCAUAGCUCCCAGGGUGUGUGAGGGAGUGGAAGGGGGCGCGACUGCUACAGUUUGAGAAGAGCGAGAAAGGCGUUCUGCCUUCACACCCCCCAGAGGAGAAGAGUAGCAUAGUCCUUCUCAGAGAUCUGUAUUGCUGUGAUGUCAGAGGGAGACGGUAAACCCCUCCAGGUCCCGGAAGCCAAGGCAGAGACGGUGACCCCAAGUGGCCAGGGACCUGCGUCUGUGUGUCCCCCUGUAACGGGGCCUCCCGCCACCACCCCCACAGAGGAUGAGGAGGAGGAGAGCGAAGACGAGUCGGAGAUCCUGGAGGAGAGCCCCUGCGGCCGCUGGCAGAAACGCAGAGAGGAGGUGAACCAGCGGAAUGUCCCAGGGAUAGAUGCUGCCUACCUGGCCAUGGACACGGAGGAAGGGGUGGAGGUGGUCUGGAACGAGGUCAUGUUCUCAGAGAGGAAGAACUUCAAGCUGCAGGAGGAGAAGGUGAAGUCUGUGUUUGACAACCUGAUUCAGCUGGAACAUCUCAACAUCGUCAAGUUCCACAAGUACUGGGCUGACAUUAAUGACAUCAACCGCGCCAGGGUUAUUUUCAUCACUGAGUACAUGUCUUCGGGAAGUCUGAAGCAGUUUCUGAAGAAGACCAAGAAGAACCACAAGACUAUGAAUGAAAAGGCGUGGAAGAGAUGGUGCACCCAGAUCCUCUCAGCCCUCAGUUACCUCCACUCCUGUGAGCCACCCAUCAUCCACGGCAACCUGACCUGUGACACCAUCUUCAUCCAACACAACGGACUCAUCAAGAUAGGAUCAGUGGCUCCAGACACCAUCAACAACCAUGUAAAGACCUGCAGAGAGGAGCAGAAAAACCUGCAUUUCUUCGCCCCGGAAUAUGGCGCUGUUGCAGAUGUCACUACUGCAGUGGAUAUCUAUUCCUUUGGGAUGUGUGCCUUGGAGAUGGCAGUAUUGGAGAUCCAGGGGAAUGGAGAAUCUUCCUACGUCUCUCAGGAGGCCAUCAACAAUGCCAUACAGUCACUGGAAGACCUACUGCAGAGGGAGUUUAUCCAGACUUGUCUGGAGGCUGACCUGUUUAAGAGACCUACAGCCAGAGAGCUGCUGUUCCACCAGGCUCUGUUUGAGGUGCCCCUGUUGAAGCUGCUAGCUGCACACUGCAUAGUCAGCCACCAGCAUAUGAUCCCUGAGAAUGCCUUAGAGGAGAUCACUAAGAACAUGGACCCCAACCUCAUCAUUGCUGAGAUAAAAGAGGGUGUGCAGCUCAAGCUGUCUCAGUUUCCUGCCUUGGAGCUGGAUAAGUUCCUGGAGGAUGUCCGGAAUGGCAUCUACCCCCUGACAGCAUUUGGCCUGCCCUCUCACCAGCAGCCCCAGCAGUCCCCUGUUAAGUCCCCCAUUGUCACCCCUUCUGUCAAAUCCCCCACCCCAGAACCUGCUGAACUAGAGACACGCAAGGUUGUUCAGAUGCAGUGUAAUAUUGAGCCGGUGGAGGAGGGUGCAAAACAUCAUCUGACACUACUGUUGAAGCUGGAGGACAAACUCAACAGACACUUAAGCUGUGACUUGUUACCCAAUGAGAAUGUACAGGAACUGGCUGUUGAGCUGGUACAACUGGGCUUCAUCAGCGAGGUGGACCAAAGCAGGAUGGCCACUGUGCUAGAAGAGGCCUUCACCAAGUUCUUCAGCAGGAACGGUUCCCUCAAUCCCGUCACUGUGUCCUCAUAACAGGAUCAACAUGGACCCCCACUCCAUUACCUAUAAUACCCCCUACAUGCUUGUUACAACCCUCCCUUUCUUACCCCUAAGGAUCCAUGGAUCCCCACUUCAGUACCUAUAUACCUAUAGGCAGGCUCAGGCCUACACCUAUACCCCUGCUGGCCCCAACCACCACACAUACACACCCCCUGCCUCAGACUCUUUCACCCAAACCUUGUGUGGUGUCUUCUAUUUCUCUGGAGGACCAUAGAGCCUUAUUAUGGGGCUGUCUGAGUCAGUCCCUCUCUGUUUAGUUCUCUAUAUACACAGUAGCAACUUAUUUUGGAAAGGAAGCCAACACAGUUAUCAUAUGUCAGUGUUACUUGUUUGUGUUUUAUAUCUUUGCCAUUUGCCUUCUCGGUGGCUGUAUACAUGCACACGCUAUCCGCCUUAAAGUUCUCUGCUUCAGUGUGGUCACGCACAGCUGUGCAUGAAUGUCUGCAGUGAACUUACCUGUAGGUGACCAUUGUAGGCUGCGUCUAGACAGCAUGCCAAAUUCUGAUCUUUUUUUCCCACUAAUUGGUCUUUUAACCAAUGAAAAAGAUCUGAUCAAGAUCUGAAUUGGGCUGCCUAUCUAAAGGCAGCCAUAUAAAUAUAUAUGAGUGGGAUAGGGGAAGUCUAGGGGCUAUAUUUAUGUUAUAAAUGUGUCAUUGUAUCUUUCCUAUUUUUGUUUUUUACACUCUGAAAUAGUUUACUGUGGUCAACUGAUGGAGCCACACCCCCAUCGAGGCUGAGCCAAUAGUCUGGGAGGGGCUGUAUUUACAGUCAAAGCAGAGGAACAAGCUGAAGGAUUUACUGGAGAUGGCCAAUGGCUGGAGCUGUAGUUUAGAGGUGUUUGGGUGGUGAACAGUAUUCAUUCCUCUGAUUUGUUAUCACAACUUUAUCUGUUCUGUAAAAAAAUAUAUACUUUACAUUGUUUGGCAAACCUUAUUUCUUAUAGUGUACUUGGAUAAUGAAAUGGUUUCCUUUGGACGUUCCGUUGAAUAUUCUGGCUAUUAAGAAAGUGUUUUUGUUGUGAACAGCAGGUAAGGGUUUUACUUUACUGUACACAUCCAAAGAGGAGUUUGUAUGACGAGUAAAUAUAUAUAGAUAUGUGGACAAAUUGUUAAUGUAGUGGCCUGGCUGUGUGACUGGCUGUUGUCUUGCCAAAUGCAACAAUGAAAUGCUGUUGAACGCAGUUAGGUAACCUGGGUCACAUUCAGUAGGACACAAUGUUGUGGAAUUAAAAUCUGUUUUACGGUUACUGUAAUAUUCAAUGUGCUUUUUUUUUCUCUUUAUAGUCUAUGUUCUGAGGAGCACUUGGGCAGUGUAGUUAGUGGUUGAGAAAGAGGGUGUGUGUGCAUGAGAAGUAAGUUUGUGCUCGUGUGCCUUCUGACAAGUGUGUAUCCUAUGACAGCCUCUGCAAUGUAUGACUUUCUGUUUCCUCUUUAAAUGGUUUGUAUUUUGUUUCCUCUUUAAAUUGUUUGGUAUUUUCUAUUUGUAAAUAAAUAUGUAAUGCACCA